CCCCCUCGGCCCCGCCCCACCUCCCCGGCCCCGCCCCUCCUCGCGGCCUCAGCGUCUUCCUUCCGGGUCGCGCUGGGCCGGGUUUGCGGUGGUUGUGCAGCGGCCAGAGAGCCGGGGAGCCGCCCCCGCACCCAGGCCUUCUCGCACUGCCUGGUCGCUGGUGAAGCCCGCUGCGCGCGCCUCUCCCGGACCCUGCAGGAUUUUUCUUCCUGGCCUGGUUCCCUUGCCUUCUCCAUUUGCUUUAUUUGCUUGGAUUUUCAAGAAGCUUUGAAGCUGGAUAGGAGUCUCCAGUUUUCCUCUUGAUCCAUAUGUUUCAGGUAAAAGAAUGUCACAUGUCAGCAUUUGUACCUGAAGUCAGUAUGAAAAUUUCAGGGUACAUGGAUGAAUGCCAACUUUUGCAUUUCCCAUGUGUAUCCUGUGGCCAUUCUAUCCGAGAACAUCCUUCAAAGAGUUCAUGCGUCUUACUGAGGACACCUGACCUUUUGAAGCUUCAUAAUUCACAUCUAGAUGUCACCGGUCUUUCCCAUGUUAACAGUUCUGACUAUGUUUUAUUAUAUAUGCCUUCGGCGCCGAGCCAGGACAGCUACAAGAGGAGAGAUGAUGAACAGCCAUAGAACUAUAGAAUCAAACAGCCGGACUUCCCCUCUCAAUGCGGAGGUAGUCCAGUAUGCCAAAGAAGUAGUGGAUUUCAGUUCCCAUUAUGGAAGUGAGAAUAGUAUGUCCUAUACUAUGAGGAAUUUGGCUGGCGUACCAAAUGUAUUCCCAAGUUCUGGUGACUUUACUCAGACAGCUGUGUUUCGAACUUAUGGGACAUGGUGGGAUCAGUGUCCUAGUGCUUCCUUGCCAUUCAAGAGGACACCACCUAAUUUUCAGAGCCAGGACUAUGUGGAACUUACUUUUGAACAACAGGUGUAUCCUACAGCUGUUCAUGUUCUAGAAACCUAUCAUCCUGGAGCAGUCAUCAGAAUUCUCGCUUGUUCUGCAAAUCCUUAUUCCCCAAAUCCACCAACUGAAGUAAGAUGGGAGAUUCUUUGGUCAGAGAGACCUACGAAGUUGAAUGCUUCCCAAGCUCGCCAGUUUAAACCUUGUAUUAAGCAGAUAAAUUUUCCCACAAAUCUUAUACGACUGGAAGUAAAUAGUUCUCUUCUGGAUUAUUACACUGAAUUAGAUGCAGUUGUGCUACAUGGUGUGAAGGACAAGCCAGUGCUUUCUCUCAAGACUUCACUUAUUGACAUGAAUGAUAUAGAUGAUGAUGCCUAUGAAGAAAAGGAUGGUUGUGGAAUGGACAAUCUUAACAAAAAGUUUAGCAGUGCUGUCCUCAGGGAAGGGCCAAAUAAUGGAUAUUUUGAUAAACUACCUUAUGAGCUUAUUCAACUGAUUCUGAAUCAUCUUACACUACCAGACCUGUGUAGAUUAGCACAGACUUGCAAACUACUGAGCCAGCAUUGCUGUGAUCCUCUACAAUACAUCCAUCUCAAUCUGCAACCAUACUGGGCAAAACUAGAUGACACCUCUUUGGAAUUUCUACAGUCUCGAUGCACUCUUGUCCAGUGGCUUAAUUUAUCUUGGACUGGCAAUAGAGGCUUCAUCUCUGUUGCAGGAUUUAGCAGGUUUCUGAAGGUUUGUGGAUCUGAAUUAGUACGCCUUGAAUUGUCUUGCAGCCACUUUCUUAAUGAAACUUGCUUAGAAGUUAUUUCUGAGAUGUGUCCAAAUCUACAAGCCUUAAAUCUCUCCUCCUGUGAUAAGCUACCACCUCAAGCUUUCAACCACAUUGCCAAGUUAUGCAGCCUUAAACGACUUGUUCUCUAUCGAACAAAAGUAGAGCAAACAGCACUGCUCAGCAUUUUGAACUUCUGUUCAGAGCUUCAGCACCUCAGUUUGGGCAGUUGUGUCAUGAUUGAAGACUAUGAUGUGAUAGCUAGCAUGAUAGGAGCCAAGUGUAAAAAACUCCGGACCCUGGAUCUGUGGAGAUGUAAGAAUAUUACUGAGAAUGGAAUAGCAGAACUGGCUUCUGGGUGUCCACUUCUGGAGGAACUUGACCUCGGCUGGUGCCCAACUCUGCAGAGCAGCACCGGGUGCUUCACCAGACUGGCACGCCAGCUCCCACACUUGCAAAAACUCUUUCUUACAGCUAACAGAUCUGUAUGUGACACAGACAUUGAAGAAUUGGCAUGUAAUUGUACCAGGUUACAGCAGCUGGACAUACUAGGAACAAGAAUGGUAAGUCCGGCAUCCUUAAGAAAACUCCUGGAAUCUUGUAAAGAUCUUUCUUUACUUGAUGUGUCCUUCUGUUCGCAGAUUGAUAACAGAGCUGUGCUAGAACUGAAUGCAAGCUUUCCAAAAGUGUUCAUAAAAAAGAGCUUUACUCAGUGACUUAAUAUAUGUUCUGUAAUAAAAUUAAUGUGCUUUGGUGGGGUUUAUUUUGGGAUUGGUUUUGGGUUUUGGUUUUAGUUGUUUUAAUGGUAAGAAUUAAGAUAUUUGUAGAUUUUAAAGAAAAAUAUGAAAUGGACUGUCCAUUAAAUCAAGUAAAAAUGUGCACAAAUGUUUUCAUAAAAUAUUACAAGCACUUCUCUUCAAGAAUAUGUGAGUGGAUGAUAUUUUUACCUUAUGUUAAUCAGUGAUAUGCUGUAGUCAAUAAUAUGAUUGAUAAAAGAAUAACAUGGAAACAUGCUAACUUAUUUUCAAAGGAACACUAAGCAAUAAAGUAUCAUGGUAUUUAUGCAAAAAAAAAAAGUAAUUUUUUACACCUCCAUGUAAAGAUGUCUUAUUAAGCCUGUGACCUGGCAAGUGUUUUGUUCAGUAUGUACAAAAUGGUCAGAGCUAGUUGGAGAAAGAGACCUGCUUUUCCAGCUGUUUGGUUAUUUCUUUGAAUUAAUUGUUCAACUGGAAAAUUUGUAGUUUUUCUAGCCAGAUGUGGUGGCACACACUUGUAGUCCUAGUGGCACAGGAGGUGGAGGCAGGAGGAUUACUUGAGAUGGGAUUUUGAGACUCUAGUGUACUUACGACUACACCUGUGAACAGCCACUGCACUCCAACCUGGGCAAUGUAGCAAGUCCCUUUCUCUUAAAGAAAAUUGUAGUGUUUCCACUUUUCUUCUGAUAUUUUUGUCUAUUUCACUACUGGAUAAUGCCAAUAUAAAAAUUUUGGUAUAAUCAAGAAUAAGAGGUAAACUACUAAAUAAAAAAGCUUUCCAACUGCUAUAAGCAGAUGCCUUAACAUUUUGCAAAAGGUAAAGUUUUGAGGUUUCUGAAUAUAUGUGGAUUUUCUUUAUAUAUUAAAAAAAUCAUAAAUGUGGAUAUAUAUAUAUAAUUAUACAAAUUAUACAAAAACAUACAUUGUUUUGUUAAAAAAUUAAUUCUGCUACUGAGAAAGUAGAAAAUAUUUUGUGGCACAAAAAGGCACAGCUGUUUUGAACAGAAAACUAAUAUUAACUGUAGUAUAACGAAAUUUAUUGUCCUACUCAGUGCAAAACGGUUAUAUUCCAGCAUCCACACACCCUAGCAUGAUCCUGUAGAACUGUGGUAAUACUGUAGCCACUAAAAUAGCCGCUAAUAUGGCUAUUUUAUUAAUUUUAAUUGAAUUCAAGUAGGACUUCACUGUUUCAGUUGCACUAGCUACAUGUCAAGUGUUCAGUAGUCAUAUGAGGAUAAUGCUUCCUUUGUGCCUGGCCCUGUUUCUUGUGCUUUGCAUUUACUAAUUCAGUUCUCACAACAACCCUGUAAGAUAAAUGCCAUUACUAACCCCCAUUUACAGAUGAGGAAACUGAAGCAAAAAAAGAUUGAAGAAUUUACUCAUGAUCCUAAAGCUGCUAAUGGCAGAGCCAACAUAUAAACCCAGGCCAUCUGGCUUCUGAGGCAUUGCAUUCAACCUGUGCUUUUAAAUGUUCAGGGUAGCUUCUGGCUCUAGGGCAGAGGUCAGGAAACUUUUUCUAUAAAGGGCCAGAUAGUAAAUAUUUUAGGCUUUGUGGGCUAAGAGGUAAAACUGAGAUUGUUAUGUAGGUACUUAAAUAACUGGAGAGAAAUAACAUUUGCACAAAAAUUUUAUUGACAAAAUUCAAAACAAUAAUUGAGAACUAUCUUUUUGUAAUACGGGUUUACCAAUGAAAAUAAUUUAUUUAGGGGGAGGAUCAAAGUUAAUGUUUCGUGUCAUUAAAGUUGAUUAUAAGUACUUACUUGCUAAUGCUGAUCUGUAAUAAGAUUUUACGUAUCUUACUUCUGAAUAUAAUUUUUGUUGAGCAUAUUCAUCACUUCGAAGGUAACUUCUUUGGAUAUUUUCCUUUUAGCAUGUUAUUAUAUUGCAGCUUAAUCACUUCCAAUUGAAGAUUAGGUAGGAGCUUCUCAACUGCACUGGGUUAAAUCGAUUUUGAAAAAUGGAAAUUUCCUUUGCACUUGCAAACUCCAAAUGGGAACUAUAGUGUGAGCUACAAAUUUGUGUGAGAAUGGAGAUCCCACUUUGUUGUCUUACCUUUUGAUAGCACAGGAAAUGUGUAAAGCAGCUUGUUGUUACUUGUAAUUCAAAUAGUGUUGUCAUCAAAAUGACUUUUGUUGACAUGUUUCACAUGUAAACACUUGUUUUGCCUUGUAAUUUUGGCUUGAAUUCAUUUCAAAAUUUUAUUAAGUCUUGAGCAAAAGCUAAAUUCCAAAGCCAUUCAGUGUUCCAUAAUAGUGGUUGAGGACAUGUCUUCUUUUUCAGAAAAAUGUCAAUAUCAACCCUGCACGUAAAAGCUCAUAAUAGAACUAACACUAUUAUGCCAGUGUGGUUGGGCAAAUUGGAACAUUCAUCUUCUGUAUCUGACAAAAGAUAACUGAACCAUUGGUGUUUAAUCUGUCAGAAACUAUGAGAGCAAAUGAAGUUCACCAUUGAUACUAGUAGUUCAAUAAUACAAAGUUGAGUCAAAUAUAUCCCACAAAGUAUCUGCUGAUGAAUAAUACAGUAAAUAACCAUAGAUUUUAAAUACCUUCUUACCUUUUCACUGGCUUAAAAAAUUUGACAAACUUAAAUCUUUUUGCUUCACACAUUUUAGCACCACCAGUUGUAACAUAUCUUAGCAGAUUCUACUUCAGGUUGCAUGAAGUUUGUGUUUUCUUCUUAGAAAAUAUUCAUGCUUGUAAUUGUUCCACACAGAUAAUUUAUAGAGACUAAUUUCAGUCACUUCAACAUUGGCAUUGACUUAUCAAAUAAGCAAUAACUAGGCAGUAUCAGUAACAUCUGUUGACUCAUCAAGAGCCAAGGAAAACCACUCAGGGUCAUUUGCCUUUUUUAUUGACUGUUGCUGUUGUUCCCAGUGUUCUCAAUUCUUAAAGCAACCAUUCUUGCCAAAAGGCUAAUUUAAUAGUCUUAAGCAAGUUUACUUUGGGCACGUUCCUUCAGCUGAUGGAAUCAAACACAAUUUAGUCAUCGUUAGUAAAAUGUUUUCCUUGCUUAGUUAACAACUGAAUCACUUUGGCUGCGACUUUAUCUUCAUUUUUGAUUUUUUUUUUUUUUUCUGAGACUGAAUCUUGUUCUGUUGCCCAGGCUGUAGUGCAGUGGCAUGAUCUCAGCUCACUGCAACCUCCACCCUGCAGGUUCAAGUGAUUCUCCUGCCUCAGCCUCCCGAGUAGCUGAGAUUACAGGCACAAGCCACCACGCCUAGCUAAUUUUUGUGUUUUUAGUAGAGAUGGGGUUUUACCAUGUUGUCCAGGCUGGUCUUGAACUCCUGACCUCAAGUGAUCCACCCACCUCGGCCUCCCAAAGUGCUUGGAUUAUAGGCAUGAACCACCGCCCCUGACUGCACUAUAUAGUAUUCUUUAAGAACAGCUCUAAUGACAUUGCAUAUUAAACAUCAUACUCUGACGUGUCAUCUGAUUUUUAAAAAUCCAUAUACUAAUGUGCCUUAAAAAUGUCACUUCAAGUCUACUUUUCUUUUUUUCUCUUGUUUUGAUGUUAUGGGUAAGCACUAGUAAUACAUUUAAAAAUACUGUGGUAUGACAAUAUAUGUAGCACUCAAAAUGUUGGUAACUGCAUUACUGCAAUUUUUAGUGUGCCAAGGAGCAGUGCAAAAUGAUGACAGCACCACAUAAGCCUCUUUUGCACUUAUUCAACUCUGCCAUUCUAUUGUGAAAGCAAUCAUAGACAAUACCUAAACGAAUGAGUGUGGCCGUGUUCCGAUAAAAUUUCAUGAGCACUGAAAGUUGAAUUUUACAUAAUUCCUUGUGUUACAAAAUACUACUCUGUUAGCCAUUAGAUUUUUUUCAGCCAUUAGAAAAUGUAAAACUAUUCUUAUGAGCUGGCUGGAUUUGGCCUGUGGACCAAAUCUGUGACCCCUAUUCCAGAGUAUUUUCGAGUCAGUUAAUCCAUGCUUGCCAGUUCCAAAUUUUAUAAACCACAUUCAAACCUGUUAAUCCGCUGUUACCUUUCUCAUUUUGCCGUUUAGGUUUUAAAAUGAAGAGCAGUGUUUUGUUAGAAAAAACAAAGUGUUUACCAUAACAAGAAAGAUAUGUAGACAAGAAAGAUAUUUAUGUAGACUCUCUGUUCAUUAAAUUUUGAAGCCAGAUGACGCAUUGUUAGUUUUGACAACUGACUUAAAUUUUUGUAUAAUUAUUUAUCUUUGCAUUUUGCUCAGGUAAAUUAUCUUCCCAGAGUCUAAAAAUAAAGAUAUCCCUGAUCCUGUUUAAAAACAUAAAUAAUCCUCUCAAUGUAAAUUGUUUUGAAAUAAGAUCUUAAAAGUACAAAAUGUAGACAAUUAAUAUUCAGGUGCUUAAUUUUGAGCCAAUAUGUAGAAAAGAAAAACUAAUUUCUCUGUGGCAGUAUUUUUAUUUUUUGGCAUUUCCCAGGAAUUAACUGAAGACUAAAAACUCAUAUGUGCAAGUGUAAUGACACUAACCAAAGAGUCAGUAAAAAUUACACUUGGCUACCA